AUGUCAGGUGAUGAAAGCUUUGCUAAAAAACUUCAGGAAAUAGAGUUAGCUAAUUAUUGGAAUCACGAUCAAAAAGGAAAUGAAAAAAUAAAGCAGCCAAUACCUCCAAAAAUAUAUAAAAAGAACGAUAAACAUAAACCUGCUCAGGCUAAUAAUCAGGUUCCAGCUCCUGCUGCAAUUAGCAAAGAGCUCCUUACAAUUAAAAAGUUUGGAGAUUGAAAUUUUAGAUUUAAUAUCGUUGAUGGUUUAUUAGUGUUCUUUUAUGGGAUAGGUGGCUUACUUAUAAUGUUCUCAUUGUUAGCUAUGCCAAUCUUUUUUUGCUUCGUCAUUCGCAGAUAUUCUUUACUUUUCCUUACUUUUCAGCUGAUUUAUGUUUUGGUAGCUAUGAUUUGUUGAACUACUUUUGCAGCUGUUCUUAGAUAUAAUAUAGCUUUUGCAAUUGCAGCAUGCAUCAUUAUUGGAUUGGAGCUCUUAUAUUGAAUAUUUCUUUGAAAAUAUGCCAUGCUUCUGUCAACUUUGAAUUCAUCCGAGCGAGCUAAAUUAUUGAAAUAUAUUGAGGAUAGUAAAAACUAA